UUAUUGUAGAAGGCCCUUUAGAAUGGCGUAUGGACCAACCUGAAACGGUUCGCUGAGCCACUUUCGUACCAAACCAAUUUACAAAAUUACGUCGAAUUAUUAAAUUUUCACAAACAUGGAUCAUAUGAAUGAAGUGAAUUUAUAUGAAUUAAUUGGAGCAAAACCUACAGCUUCUGUGUCAGAGCUUAAAAGAGCUUUUCGAAAAAAAGCUUUAACAUGCCAUCCUGAUAAGAAUCCUGAUAAUCCAAAAGCUGCAGAAGCAUUUCUUGAACUUUCAAAAGCUCUAGAAAUUUUAACAGAUGAGAAAGCUAGAGCAGCUUACGACAAAGUUAUUGCUGCCAAGAAGCAGGCAAAAGAACGAGUUAGACAAUUUGAUGCCAAGAGAAAGAAGUUAAAAGAAGAUUUAGAAGCCCGUGAGGAAGCUUACAAAAGAUCAUUAGAUCCUACAUACAAUACUAAAUCAGAUGAGGAACAAUUAAAGGCUGAGAUAGAAAGAUUAAAAAAGGAAGGAUCCAGGCAAGUAGAAGAAGAGGUGGCUUUUGUAAAAAAACAAAUUUGGGAGCAGCUUUAUGGAUUGUCAAAAAAUUCAGCAUCUAAUGUAGGAGAAUUUAGGAUCAAAAUCAGAUGGAAGGUACAAGAAGAUGAUACAACAAAUGGUGGCUACAAUUAUGAUAACCUACACACAAUGUUUUCAAAAUAUGGAGAUGUAGCAGCUCUUGUAAUAUCAUCUACAAAAAAAGGUAGAGCCAUGGUUGAAUUUGGAGACAAAAGUGCAGCAGAAACAGCACUUUUAGCAGAAAUCGGUUUAGCGGAGAAUCCUUUAAAACUUUGUGGAUUAUGGGACACAAAGAAAUCAACUAGCGCACUACCAAGUAAUAUAGCAAGUUGCAACGCUGGAGGAACAACCAUAUUUCCUGUGUGUUUUGCAAACACACAUUUGAACAAUAGCAAACCAUCUGUCAGCUUUUCUUCUGCACCCAAUAUAUUUACGCAGCAGGCAAGAAUGUCAGAAGCGGAAUUUGAAAGUUCCGUAUUAGCUAAUUUAAAAAGAGCACAAGAACGCAAACGACUUAUAGAAGAAUUGAAGACAGAAGAAGAUACUUAGUUUCAAUAAGUAAACU